AUGGCGAAGCCAAAGAAAGAAACAUCCAAUCCUUCAAAACCCAAAACCCAAAAACAAAAACAACCAACAAAAGUUACAAUCAAAGGAAAAUCCUCGCCGCAACCAUCAUCUCUUCCUCCCACCAAAACCCAACUGAGCAGACAAGACGACUUCGUACUUACAAUCUCCGACUCCGAUGACAUCCCCGACGAAGAAUCUGACAUCGACGCACCCAGCGACGAUGACAAUGAUGACAAGGAAUCAGAAAGAUUACCUGUAAUCUCAAAAUCGCAAUCCGCAGCAGAACCCAAUCAGCGCGGGAAAAAGCGAAAGCGGGAAGGAGAACAAACGAAUGGAGGAGCAGGAGGAGACAAUGGUCAUGCGCAAAAGAAACAGAAGGAUGAAGAUAUAGAUUCGGACUUUGAUUUCCAGAUUGGAGAUUUGGAUGACAAGGGCGCGGAUGAAUUCGAAGGGUGGGGGUUUGAAGGGGCGAAGUCUGGGAUGAAUGAUCAGAAGAAGGGGGUGGAUAUUGAUGAGCUCAUUGGCAGACGGAUUGCAAAGGCUGGCAAGGCUGUGAAUGGUGGUGCGGGCUCUGAGGACGAAGACAUGGAAAACGACAGCGCGGACGAAGCUUCAGAAGAGGAAGAGGAGGAAGAGGAGGAAGAGGAGGAGGAGGAUAUGGUAGGAAAACUGUUGGAAGGCGAAGAAGACUCUGAAACCGAAUUUGGCGCAGCUGCUUCCUCCGAAGACGAGAACGAAGCCGAAGAAGCCAACGAUGGAUCCGACUCAGACUCAGACUCAGACAAGGAAGCAUCAGAUUCAGACGCCGAAUCCGUCCUCUCCGAAGUCCCCCACCCAGACGACGACGACGAAGAAGCUUCAGACUCCAACAGCGAUUCCGAAACCGAAGAAACCCGCGCCGCCAAAGCAGCCUUCUUCGCCACACCAACAGACCUCCCAACAACCUCCCUCACAUCCACCUUCCAACAAAUGAACCUCUCCCGCCCCAUCCUUCGAGGCCUGGGCCACAUCAACUUCACAACCCCAACCGCAAUUCAAUCCCGCACUAUCCCCAUCGCCCUCCUCGCGCGAGACAUAGUCGGCGGCGCAGUCACAGGUUCCGGCAAAACAGCAGCCUACAUGGUCCCCAUCCUCGAACGUCUCCUCUACCGUCCCAAAAAGGUCGCCCAAACAAGAGUAGUAAUCCUAACUCCAACCCGUGAACUAGCAAUCCAAGUGCACGCCGUAGCCGUAAAACUCGCAGCAUUCACAGACAUCAAAUUCACAUUAGCAGUCGGUGGUCUUUCCCUCAAAGCACAGGAGGCGGAGUUACGCCAACGUCCAGAUAUCGUCAUCGCAACACCAGGUCGUUUCAUCGAUCACAUGCGUAACUCUGCGAGUUUCCAUACGGAUGGUAUUGAGAUCUUGGUACUCGAUGAAGCCGAUCGAAUGCUCGAAGACGGUUUCGCAGACGAACUCGAUGAGAUUCUGAAAACUUUACCGAAGAGCAGACAGACGAUGUUGUUCUCUGCUACCAUGACGGAUAGCGUUGAUAAGCUCGUCCGCGUGGGUAUGCAGAAACCAGUAAGACUCCUAGUCGAUUCGAAGAAAUCGACGGUAGCUACUUUGACGCAGGAGUUCAUCCGUAUAAGACCCGGUAGGGAAGGUGGUAGACUAGCCAUGCUCGUCUUACUAGCAACGGAACUUUAUAAAUCACGUUGUAUAGUGUUUUUUAGAAGUAAAGUAUACGCUCAUCGUGUCAGGAUUAUAUUCGGUUUGUUGGGUCUCAAGGCUGCAGAGUUACAUGGCAGCCUAAGUCAGGAACAGCGUAUCAAAGCAGUCGAGCAAUUCCGUGAUGGAACCGUAGACUUCCUGCUAGCCACAGACUUAGCCUCCCGUGGUCUAGACAUCAAAAACGUUUCAUACGUCAUCAACUUCGAACUCCCCCAAUCCCAUGAGAUUUACACCCAUCGUGUCGGUCGUACCGCCAGAGCCGGUCGUUCGGGUCGAGCCAUCACCCUCGCAGCCGAAGCCGAUCGCAAGAUCGUAAAAAAGGCAAUAAAAGCCGGUCAAGAAAAUGGGAAAGUGGUUUCAAGAACCCUGGAUAUUUCCAAGGUCGAUGAAAUGACUGAGAAACUGAAUGGUAUGGAGGAUGAUAUCGAAGCUAUUCUUGAAGAUGAAAAGGAAGAGAAACAGUUGUUGCAGGUAGAGAUGCAACUCAGGAAAGGAGAGAAUAUGAUUAAAUACGAAGAGGAGAUCGCAUCCCGUCCCCGACGAACUUGGUUCGAGACGGAGAAGGAUAAGAAGAAGGCAAAGGAAGCUGGUAGUACGGAGUUAAAUGGUCUUCAACUUGAAAGGAAGAAGGUGAAACUCAGCGGGAAGAUGAAAAAGAAGCUGGAGAGUCGAGAUGAUAUGAAAGAUGACGGAAUGAGAGUGUUCAAGAAGACCAAGACGAUUAGAGACGAGGCUAACAAAAGAGGUGUGAAGACUGGAAACCUGUCUAAGAAGAAAAUGAAGGCGGCAGCGAUGGCAGGCAAGAGCGGGAAGAAGCCCGCACGGAAGGGAGCUAAGGGGAAGAAGAGGUAG